GUAUAUGAGAUGUCUAGGGUAAAGCAGAACUUUGAGCGUGCUCAGAUGUUAAAGGAAUGGCACGAAGGUGGUGCCGGUGUCAUGAUCCUUGGCUACGACAUGUACAGAAAUCUCGUGAACGGAAGUCACUGUAAAAACAAGAAACAGAAAAAAAUCUUUUACGAAACCUUAGCAGAACCAGGUCCAGAUCUCAUUGUAUGUGAUGAAGGUCAUAUAUUAAAGAAUGACGCUACAUCAUUAUCCAAGGCAAUGACAAAGAUUGAUUCACGGCGGAGAAUCGUACUGACUGGAACACCGCUACAAAAUAACCUGGGAGAAUAUCACUGUAUGGUGGACUUUGUGAAGCCGUCACUGUUGGGUACAAGGAAAGAAUUCAACAACCGAUUCUGUAAUCCAAUCACUAACGGUCAGUGUAGUGACUCAACACCAUUUGAUGUGAAACUGAUGAAACAUAGGGCACAUAUACUUCAUGAAUUGUUGGCAGGCUGCGUACAGAGGAAAGAUUAUUCAGCCCUCACCAAAUAUUUGCCACCAAAGUUUGAGUAUGUGAUCUCAGUACGUUUGUCUGAAGUACAGAUGACUUUGUAUGAGAACUACCUGUCUAUGAACUCCCUCGGUGGAACUGGGGAUAUAAAGAGUAAAGGGGCACGACUCUUCACUGACUAUCAGGCAUUAAUGAGAAUAUGGACACAUCCAUGGGUGCUAAAACUGGACGAGAUUAGGCAGGAAAAUAAG